GAAUUUUUCAAAGAAAAAGGUGCGGAUUUGUGCAUUGCAAAGUUUAAUCGCAAAAGUUGUGUGACGAAGUUUAAAAUUUACCUUUUCAAUCACGUUUAUUUUAAAGUAAAGAGUACAAACAAGUUUUCUGGUACAUUGAUUGAAAUUAUGAAAGAAAUAUAUAGAAAACAGCAUGGCAACACUGUGACGCACAAAAAUAAAAAUUCGGUCACAUUCAGCUGUGCGUAGGGUGCUUUAAUAUCCAAGAUGUCCGACGUUUUAAAUCUUACUCGAAGGUUGGCAACACUACAUGUGCGAAGUUAUCGUUUAUUGUAACGUGCAUGUCAAUGUCAAGUGUCAAGUAUAAAUAAGUUAGGUUAAUAAGUUAAAAUAAUAAUAAUAAUAAUAAUAUACCACAAUCCACAAUUAUUAUGGAUGUUUCCCAAGAUACACAUCGAUUAUUAAUUUGUAACAAUAUUUUAACGUGCUUGUAUUUGCCAGUAAUAACAUUAGCAUUGAACUUCAGUGGAAACUUAUACAAUAUUGGAAAAAAAGUUACUUAUGUGGAAUAUGCCUUAGCAUUAGCAGAAAUUUUGAAAUAUUUAAGAUUUUAUUUUGUUCACAAAAGUGUUAAAAGGAAAUUAUCAAUAGGAAAUAUUAUCAAGUCAAUAAUAACAUGUGCCCUUAUGCUAGUAAUAUUUUAUGUGGGUGCUAUACUGUUUGGGGCGCCUUUCUUGUCAGAACACUAUGAAACCUUAUUUUUUGCUACAUUAAUGACAGUGUUAACAACUAUUCCGAUUUGCUUACAUUUAGAUCAUGACAAUGUGUAUAACUUGUUUUCAUCCUUAUUGGAUUUUGAUGGAAAUAAGCUGCAAGAACAUUUUCUGAUAAAUAUUCGCUUCACUGUAUUUGGAGCAUGGUUAGGAGCAGUAUUGAUACCUUUAGACUGGAAUAGACCAUAUCAGGAUUGGCCCAUUCCUUGCUGCUAUGGAGCAGUGGCAGGCUGUUUUGUAGGAAAUUUAUAUACAGUUGUACAGUACUAUAAUUAUGGAUACACUUAUAAGAAAAAGGGAAAAUUUGGACUUUAGAAAACUGAAGAAGUUACAGUCAAAACCAAAGAAAAGGCUCCUCAAACUUAAGCUUCCGAUCCCAAUAAUUGGUGUUCCUAUUUAGGCAAGAUAUUUUACCCCAUAAGCAGAGAAUAAACUAAAUUUUUAAUUUCCUUUCUACUGCACAAACCUUUUUUUUAUUCAAUUCCAUAUAUUUUUCAAAGUUUAAAUGCAAAUUGAAAUAAAUACAUAUGUAUGUAUUUAAUAUUUUUAACAUUUAUAUACUUUAUUUAUUUAAAAUUAUAAUUAACAGUUACAUUUGAACAGUUGUGAAAGGUAAUUCCUGGUAAGUUUUGCUUCAACACAUUUUGUUUAACAACAAUAAUUGUUUUUGUAUUGCGCAUGUUACCAUGGAAACGGCGAUCAUAUGUAUGGAAACCGGCGGAGAAUCCGUGAGAAAAAAUAUUUCUCACUGUAAUGGACAAUUUUUCUCACUGCAUGAGUAAUUGUUCUUUUUUUGAAUAUAUGUAAGUAGUGAUAGAAGUUACACAUUUUAUAGCAUCCAUAGAAAAAUUUGUUUUCUCUCUUGGUCAUUUUUUGAAAAAUACUUAAUUUUUGAGUUAUUUGCAGCUUUUUAUUGAAAAAAUGCCUUAAUUAAUGAUUUAUAGACUUUUUUCAAGAAACUACUAAUUGAAUUGAAGCUAUUAGUGCAUGAAGGGCUUAUUUUUUCAAAAAUGCCAAUAAUGGUACGAAUGAAAGUGUUAUAUCAUUUUUUGCGUUAAUAAAGACUUUGGUGCAUAGAUGUCGCUAGAGACACUAAAAUCCAACGUUAAAAACACGUCAAGUCAAGUUUUGUCUAAAGUGGUCCGAGCAAGAAGGUCUUAACCCUUGAUAUUUCAAAAUUUUUAAAAAAUGACUUGACACCUUCAUGCACUAAUAGCUUCAAUUGCAAUUCUACAAAAACAUGGUUCCAACCAGGGUUGUAUAUUACGCUAUAAGUGUAUACCUACAGCACGCAGCGGUUGCAGUGAUACAUGCUUGCGGUGCGUAGAAACUUUUGUUUAAAUUUAAAACUGUUUUUAGCUAGAUAGAAACCAGUUAACCUUGUCAAAAUAUUUAUACUUGAACUUGAAAGUUUAAAGAUUAUAAAGCUUUUUGUAGAAUUGCAAUUUAUGUAGAUAGUAAUUUUUUAGAAAUUUUUUUUCAAAAAUCACUGAUUAAAGCACUUUUUUAAAACAAAAAAUUGCAAAUAACUCAAAAAGGAAGCAUUUUUCGAAAAAUUACCAAGAGAGGAAAAGUAUUUAUUUCAAUGAGACAAGCCUAAAAGUUUUAUUCGGGGCAAUAUGAGAAAUUUUUUUUUAUAACUUAUUUGUUAAUAACAACUUCCGUACCACUUGAAAAGUGGGCCGGAGAUAAAAAUUAUUUAUUAAUUCCAUGAAAUUACAUCUCAUUCCGUGUUACUUAUAGUAAAAAUUAAAAAAAUAUAUAUUUGUACUUUGAAAAAUACAGUGGUGGGCAUAAGUCAGUAGUUAACGCUGUCGGACUCGGUUCAAAAAUAGUGAUUUCUUAAUAUUGUUCUGAAGCUAUUUCUUUGUCGCAUCUUAUCUAAUUUACUAUAAUAAUUGGGAAAUAAGCCACAAUUUAAGUUGGAAAUUAGUUUUAUUAACGUUUCGACAUAAAAAUAUAACGUCAAUAAAAUUAAUGUCCAACUUAGAUUGUGGCUUAUUUCCUAAUUAAUAUAGUAAAGUAAAAAUAGUGGUGAUGCGGCAACGUGCUUGCCUUACAAAAUUGGUUGCGGUGAGAAAUGGGGAGUAUGGCACAUGUUGUUAGUUUAUGAUUGUCGGUCACAGGCACAGUGUAGGUACAUGGCAGUCUAAGCCCGUGUAAAGGAUACUACAGAAGAACGACUCUGUCUGGUUACUUCGUACUUGUGUUAUCAUGCAGAUUACUAGACGAUAUGCAAUGAAUUCUGCCAAUGCAUUAGACAUGUUCGAAAGAAAAAUGUUACAUAGGAUACUGGGCUCAAUAAGUGAAAAUAACAACUGACAACUAACAAUUAGAUAUAAUAAAGAAAUAUACGAACAAUAUAGUGUACCAACACUAGCACAAUACACUAGAGUGCAGAGAUUACAGUGGACAUAAGAACAGAAUCACCUGAAAAUUGCUAAAUACAAGAAUGCAAGCUAAAAGACCUGUUGGAAGACCAAAAAAGAGAUGGAAAGUAGUGAUGUUGAAAAAGUAACUAUUCGUUACAAAGUACUCGUUACUUACGAGUACCGAAAGUAACGAUUACUACACAGAGCGGCAAAUCGUUACUUUGAUUACUCUGAUUACUUCGUACCAAUCAUAUCAGAGCGAGUAACGACUAUUAUGUCUACUUUGACUACUCUGAUUACGUCGUACCAAUCGUAACAGAGUGAGUAACGACUAAUGUAUCUACUUUGUACUUCGUAGUACUGAUUACUUCGUAGUUCGUGAAGGUCGGUAGUAUAUCGGAAUACCUAUACGAAAUACCUACCUACUGAGAAAUACGAUUCUCGAUAUGAUUACCAGUACUCAAAUACAAAAGUAACAAAAGUAAUCAUAGUAGUCAAAUCAUUUUUAUCCCUUAAACAGAUCGGUGAAGGUCGUUGGUAUAUCGAAAUACCUAUACAGAAUAACUACCUACUGAGAAAUACGUUUCUAGAUAUGAUUACCGGUACUCAAAUACAAAAGUAACAAAAGUAAUCAUAGUAAUCAAAGUAACGAAUUCUGUAAAUGAUUACUUUAUACAAAAUACCUACCUACUGAUAAAUACGAUUCUCGAUAUGAUUACCGGUACUCAAAUACAAAAGUAAUCAAAGUAACGAAUACUCUAAAUGAUUACUUUAUACAAAAGUAACGAUUUGUAACGAAUACUCGAAAGUAACUAUAAUCAUCAUCACUAAUGGAAAGACGAAGUAGAUGAGGAAGCCAAAAACCUCCUAAAAACGCGUUCGUGGAAAAGAACAGCAGGAAAUCUAGAUAAUUGGAGAAGCUAGCUGAAGGAGGUCAAAGCCCGAUUUGGGCUAUAGUGCCAUUAAGUAUGUAGACCUAUUCCUACAAGGCAGAUGGUUUGCAGGUUACAUUAAGAAGUUCCAACAAAGUGUAUCGGUAUUAGACGCCCGGCGUAGUGGUCGCCAUUCUAUGGUAGUGACAGAAGAAAAUAUGGAACUCGUUGUUCAAACAUUUUUGAGACGUCAAAGCAAUCCGUAGUUCGUACAUCGCUUCAAUUAGGUAUAUCUCGACGAAGUUUACAUCGCAUUGUAAAGAAAUUAAAUUAUCUGACCAUAGACUAGAAUUUUGCAAGUGACACACUGCAAAACCAUUGCUCAUGAGUUAAAUCUUCCUGGAGUAACAGUGUGGGCUGGGAUUCCCACCGGUGGUCUAGUUAGUCCGUAUUUUUUUGAGGGCAGCGUAAAUGCAGAAAAUGAUCUUAAACUGCUUAUUGAUUUAAAGGGUACUUCUGAAAAUAACCCAGAAUUUCCAGGUAUUCGCUAUUUUCAACAAGAUGGAUACACUUCGGACUUGCAGUUCGGGAAUACUUGAAUGCCGUGUUUGGCAUGUGUAUAAGAAGACGAAGAAUUGAGUGACCAGCACGGUCACCCGACCUAACGCCAUGGUUUGCUCUGUGUGUGGGGCACUCAAAAACAAAUUGUUAGCUACCUCAUUAUUUAAAUCGUGGUAUUUAACAUUUGUAAACAAGAAUUCAAGAGGAAUUCGAUGCAAUCCGCAACAACCCAUAAUUUAUUGAUAAAACCUGCAAAAGCGUAAGUAACGGUGUCAUAGCUGCAUUGAGGAAGGUGGUCUGUAUUUUGAACACAAACAGUAACUUCUUCUCUUCUUUCUUAUAAACCUUAGUGUCCUUCAGGGCAUCGGAUGUCGGGUUCCGCCUCUUAUCCAUUUCUUCCGUGCGCUUCUAUUGGUUCUUCAUAUCUCUUAUACUCAUGUGUCUCCUUUUACCUAUAUCCUGGAUCUGGUCCAUCCAUGUCUUCCUCGGCCUUCCCGUUUUUCUUUUGUUUCCUAUUUCGGCUUCAUGUACCUUCUUUGUUAGUCUUUUUUGCUCCAUUCGUUGUAUGUGGCCAAACCAGCCUAAUUGUUUGUUUUCGAUCUUCCUCAUUAUCGGUUCUUGUUCCAGCUCUCUCCUUAUAUCUUCAUUUCUGAAUCUAUCAAACUUUGUAACUCCAGCUAUUCUUCUUAUGUAAACAGUAAGUUUAAAACCAUAAUUACUUUUGUAUAAUAAUUAUAUAAUAUACUCAAAGUAAUAAACUAGUUUUCUGUAUGGCUUUUUAUGCAAAUUGGUUAACCGACUUUGCCCAUCCCUGUAUAUUAAUCGAAUAAAAAAGGUUUGGUGCAGUAGAAAUGCAAAAAAAAUUAGUCGGUAUAUUUGAACCACCAGUUAGAAGAAGGGAAUGAAUCCAAAAAGUAGAUUUUCGGGAAAUCAAUAAAAACUGUAUUCGUUCUAUUUAAUUUUUUCUUGUUUAAUAAUGACAUCUACUAUAAAGUACAGUUUAUAUAAGUUAAUGUGGAUUGGGGAAAAACCAUCCAGUGAUUUUCGUUAUCUAGAAAAACGAUAAAGAAAAUCUUGGAUUUACUCCUUUCUUACAACUUAUAUUUUUUUGACAUGAACAAAGACACAAAAUUGUGUGAAAACGCUUAUUUUAUUUAAAGUAAUUUAUAAAAAAACAAACAAUACAAAAAACAUCAUUUCCAUAAACUACCCUUCUUCCUCAAUGAUAUUAUCUGAUGCAGGAGUUGGCCAUGUAAGGAUGUUUUCGUAAAAUUCUUUUUUAUCUUCUGGAAUAUAUGGAAUUAUUUUCCGAACGUCUUCCAUCCUUUUCUCAUUUAUUGGUAUUUUUGCCCUGUGUGCUCUGGUAGUAGGCAAUGAAGGGAUCACCCCAUUUUAAGUUUUUUUCUAAUAAUUAUUUUUCCAGGUAUUUUUAAAGUCGAAUAUGUCGUCUGAGUUGAUUGUUGUUCCGAAAAUCCUCUUGUUUUAGAGAUCAUUACAUUGUUUUCCUCUGGUACGUAAAUCCUAUCUUUUCUCCUGAUAAGUCUUUUUGCUGUUCCGAAAUUUCGAUCGCACUGUAAAAAACGAAUGUCCACGCACAGGAAAGUACUGAUAAACUUUAUCUAACCGUCCAUUCGAAACCAACCUGACCAUGAACCGUAUCAGGGUAUUGUUUCUAUUCUGUCAUAACAGGAUUCAUAUUCUGGAUUGUCUUCCAAAUUAGUCUACAUACAUCAUGAGGUCCUCUUUUAGCUUCUCUUUCAUGGUACGUGUAAAAAUCUGCACAACUUGUUUUGAAAUCGUGGACACAAAACACGUAAAGCCCUAAUUUCCUAAAAUAAAACAUUUCCUGCAAUGAUAUUUUUGGAAGCGGAAGGUUUUGCAUGUAGUCGGAACACAAUAGCUCCAACAUUUUCCUUUUCUUGACAUCUCAACACUUGUUGCUGCUUCCGGUAAAACUUUUUAGCUCGUCUCAGGUGUACCAUCUUUUCUGCAACUGCUACACGGUUGGCGUUUUCAUUCAGCGUUUGACUUGUUAUUGUAGCCUCAAGUUCUUCACAAGUUCAAACAGAUUCAACCGUAAGUUUGAAGAAAGAAAUAAUUCCGUGAUUUAUUUCCUUCUUAAAACUGUCGCACAUUUUUCGUCUUUGAAUAUCUCCGUAACUUAUACGGUGUUUAUUGCCUACUUAGCGCGAACAGAUGGGUCUUGCCUUACAAGGUAUAGUUUUGUUAAAAAGUCGUUUCGCCAUAUUUGGCGUUUAUUCCCUUCUUCUAAGUGGUGGUUCAUUUGUUCCCGUUGUAACCGUUUUUCAGGGGUAACCGCUCGCCUAGUUCGAAAACAUGAAAAAUCUAAAUUUUACAAAAUGGAACAAGGGGAGUCUGAAAAUCAUCUACAAAAAAAUGUGAUUGUUAUUAUUGCAGAAUUCACAAAUUUAUUAUGUUUACCAAAAAGAUAUUGAAAUCUGUUUUUGUUGUUGGUAAAAGAAAUUUUAAUGUGUAAGAUAAUUGAGGGGAUUAGAUGCUAAGGGGUACAAGUGAUAAAAUGGUUUAAUUGAGAAAAAUGAAGAGUAAAUUCUACAGCGAAUUAAUCACUUAUCAAAUUUUGUACUUGUUUCUUUUUGCCACUUUUUAAUAUCCAAUACCUUACAAGCAAAGGGAUACAAGUGUAUUUAUACCUGUUGGCCGAAAACUCUUUUUAAAUAUUUCGUAAUUAGUCAAACUAGAACCUGCGAUAUGUCGCCACCAGUAGUUUAAUUCACCUGUCUGUAUUUCUUUGGCACUAAAUUUUUACUACUAUCUAGUAAUAUUUUGUGCACUUAACACAAUUUACAAUAUUUUGUCACUUGUACCCCUUAGCUAAUCCACUCAAUUCAAGAUAAUUUUGGUUACGUCAGGUUUGACGACAAUGUCUUCCCCUUUUUCAACAAACUUGUUGAAAACCUUUACUGUUAAAUUUGUCUAUAAAGUACAUACAAUAGUUUGUUUAUGUAUCUAAUACAAAAAUAUUUUAAUGUAAAUAUUGUGUUCCUUGUAUAUCAGUUUUCAGAUAUGUAUAUUUGUAUAAAAUUUAUUGUAUUUAGGAGAUUUAUGUGCAUACUAUGUUUUUAAAAUGUUUAAAUGAUCAAGACUGAAUAAUAAAAAAAGUACCUACCCUG